CAAGAAGAUAAACAUCAGUUUGUGGUAGUCCUAUGUAAAUUUAAUUCUAAUUUUAUUGAACAAGAACUUAUAAUGUGGCCAAUAAUUUGUCGACCCCAUUUAUAUGAACUAAGGUGGACUAAAUACUAUAAACAGUUCAACAGUAGCACAAACUGCAGCCUCUAAAAUGAUCAAAGUUGAAUCAUCAGCAACUCUCUCAAACAGUUAGGACAUCUGAUCUAGAGCUCAAAUGAUUAAUCAAUGAACUCUCUGGUUCCAGCUUCUUAAAUCAUAACAUUCCCUAAGCUUUUUUUGUUUGUUUUCUAUGGAAGUAAACUUAUUUGUGUUUUUGACAAAAUAAGCGAUAUGAAUGUGUCAGCUUGGGGACUUGUAAUGAGAUUUUUCUGGUAUUGACUAUCGAACAUAUUCGAUUAUACAGUAAAAAAUCAACAGCUUAUUAAUAAUAAAAAUAGUUAUUGGUUGCAGGGCUAAACAGAACAUAAUAACGAGAGGAUUUAUUACAGGACUGUUUACUAAACUUUUAGCUAGGCGUUCCUAAUAAACUGGCGACUGAUGUUUUCAAAGCUUCAAAGAGUGAGAAAUAGCAUCAGUGUAACGUUACAUGAACACUGUUUAAAAAUCCGGGUAAACCCUAUUAGAUACUAAAAAAAUGAAUGUAUGUAUGUCGAUGUUUGCAGAAUAGUUAUCUAAUAGUUACCCAGUAGCCAGAACAAAUACUUCAGUUGCUACAAGCACAGAAUAAAAAUGUCAAACCACAUCAAAACAGCUAUCUGGCUCUGCUAAUGUGUUAUCCUAAAAACUAGCAUGUAUCUCCCUGUUCAGCUGGCUGCGAUAAAACAAUAAAAACGCUAUUGUUGUUAAUUUCCUGAUUGAAACUAAUUUGCUUAUUAAAACAAAUUUCUAAAAGCGACAUUAUCGAUAACUUAAGGACCAAAGAAUUACGCUACCUUAGCCGUUAAAAACUUCGGGGGACUGCCAUGUGGGACUGGGUCGCUCACUGAUGACAUCAUUAUUGACUGUCAAGAUGUUUAUUCCCUGUGUUUAGCGUGCCAGGCAGAUUUCUUUAGCUUUUUCGCCAGGAAUACCAGACGUAUAACACAAACCAUUGGUAUAAACCUAAUCUACUUAAAUUUAUCUCUAAUUUAAUAAAAAAAAAUUAUUGGUGAAGGUGGAUGCUGGGUGAAACCAAACUGGGAGGAAAUUCUGGCUGAAAGGUAGUUCAGGGCAAAAAUACCUGCUUUUAUGUUUCUCAAUUGAAAGCGUUCAUUUCAGAUCAUAAGGUGAGUUGCAUGUGGAUAAAUAUGAGAAGUGACAUACAACUGUGUUUGUACAAUAUCAUAUCUCAAGUACCUGUAAGUGUUUAUAUACAAUUCAAAUGUUCAGUGGUUAUGUCUGUAAUAUUGCAUGAAUUGUCCCCUUGUUGCACAUUAUGUCCUAUAUGUAUAGGUAACAGAACAAGUAUGAAAUACAUGCAUUAGUUCCUACACAUUCUGCAGAAAAUGAAAAAGAAAAGCACAGAGGACACAGAGGAGGCCGAGCAUCAAGUCAUUGUUUAGCGGGUCCCCCCACCUGGCCAUCAUUUCCACAAUGGCUGCUGUCCGCUGAUUCAUCCAAAGCUGUAGAUCUGAUGAAUGUGGUCCAUUUCUGGGUCAGUGAACAGAGUGCCAUACUGCCACACUGAAUAGGGAACAGAGAGGAGAGGCCACAGCUGUCAAACUACACACACUCAACACACACUGCACAAUUACACUGUCAACCCAACAUUCAAAUGCUGAUACACACUGCAUAUCCUCCACCAAGAGGCAGCAGUUUGAAACACUGUGAAUGUAAGUACUCUGCAGUCAUUUACCUUUUUUCUCAUGACAUGUGCAUUAGAUAGUACUUCCUUUUAAUAAUGCAACUAGAAAUAGAAAUAUUUCACUAAGCAAACAGAUAAUGUGUUGAAUGUGUUUCUGUAGUUGCUUAAAGCAGGUAGUGUGAAUUUGUCAGCAGGUUUCCUGACAGUUUCAGCAACUCCUCCCAUGGCAUGAGUAAGAGGAUGCCUUUUCUGUUUGUGUCUUUAAAUUAAGCUUGUUGAAGUUGUCGUAAAGCUUGAAGUAAGAAGAUUUGGAGUUACCUUGAAACAGUCAUACACCAGAGAGCAUGAGGUCCCCUUAUUACCCAGCGAGGUCAGUGCUUUUCCGCAAGGAGCCAAAUGGAGUGACGUACAGGGUCCCAGCCCUGCUCUACCUGUCCCGCUCUAGAUCCUUCCUGGCCUUUUGUGAGGAGAGACUCAGCCCAUCUGACUCUCAGGCUCACCUGCUGGUCAUGAGGAAAGGCACUUUCUAUAGGAACUAUGUGGAGUGGGAGGACAUGCGUGUCCUGGGCACUGCCUUCCUGCAAGGCCACCGGUCCAUGAACCCGUGCCCAGUGUACGAUGAGUUUACAGGUACUCUCUUCUUGUUCUUCAUCGCCGUCCUCGGCCACACCUCGGAGUCCCAUCAGCUGGUGACGGGGAAGAAUGUGACUCGUCUCUGCUACAUCUGCAGCACUGAUGACGGAGACACCUGGAGUCCUGUCACCGACCUAACCAAGAGGGUCAUAGGAGACACUAUCAAAGAAUGGGCCACUUUCGCUCUCGGCCCCGGUCACGGCAUCCAGCUGAAGUCAGGUCGUCUGCUGAUUCCUGCCUACUCUUACCACAUCGAGUGCAAAGAGUGCUUUGGACAGAUCUGCCAGACCACUCCCCACGCCUUCUGCUUUCACAGUGACACCCACGGGCGAACCUGGCGCUUCGGGGAGCCGGUGCCAUGGCCGGAGAGUGUGGAGUGUCAGAUGGUGUCUGUGGAUGAAGAGGAUGGGACCAACGUGUUGUACUGUAAUGCGCGCAGCCCUCUGGGAUACAGGGUGCAGGCCCUCAGUCUGGAUGAUGGAGCGGUGUUUCAGGAGGGGCAGCUGGUGCAGCGGCUGGUGGAGCCUCGGAACGGUUGUCAUGGUAGCAUUGUGGGAUUUCCUGCCCCAUUACAUUUAUGUAAUUCUCUUUACCAUCACCUAAACCAGCCUGUGCAUCACUCCAGACACUGGACAUCCUGCAUGACCUGCUCAAGUAACACCAACUCUCCCUCUCCAAACAUUACCACUUCACCCAAUCAUAGUGCCCCUCCAGAUUUCCUAACCCCCACCUGGGUAGUAUACUCCCACCCAACAUGGACCACCGCACGCAAAGAUCUCGGUGUGUUCCUCAGCCUAUUUCCCCGCGAUCCAGACAGUUGGCGUGGCCCCUGGGUGAUCUACGAGGGCCCCAGCGCCUACUCUGACCUCGCCUAUCUAGAGUUGCCAUCCUCACCUGGUGCACCGCCCGCUGUGGCCUUCGCCUGCCUGUUCGAGUGUGGUACAAACACCGCCUACGAUGAAAUCUGCUUCAGCAUCUUCACUCUCUACGAGCUUAUUGACAAUCUGCCCCGAAAUGUGCAGUUGGGAUGUGACAAUGACAAAAGUAAAAGACAGCAGAAUGAAGUCUCUGAGACGAGUCGGAGUUGUACACAUAGAAGUGAUGCUCAAAGUACACCAGUUUUCCAUGAGGUGAAGAAUCGGAGGAAGAAGAGCAAGUUGACUGAGAUGUGCUGUGUGUCUUAGAUGUAGUUUUUAAGCUUGUAAGUUAAAGUCUUCCAAUAACUGUUUUCUAUAUACACUCAGUAGCCACUUUACUAGGUACACCUGCACAGUCUAAUGCAUUCCAGUACAACUGAUCUGCCAUAAAGUCAGCUUUUUUCAAACUGUCAUAGAGGAGUUAAUUAAAUUAUAUGUUUUAGCAUUGCUGCGAUGGACUGGCGAACUGUCCAGGGUGUACCCCGCCUUUCGCCCGAUGUCAGCAGGGAUUGGCUCCAGCCCCACGCGACCCUGUACGCAGGAUAAGCGGUUGACGAUGAAUGGAUGGAUGGUUUUAGCAUUGAGGGCAUAGUUAGGGGUGGUGUUGUACUGGACUGCAUUACAUUCAGAGGUGUUUCUAAUGUUCCCAUGUAUGUAAAUAGGAGCACAAUUUUUUAAACACCUCUCAAUAUAAUGUAAUUUAGUACAACAUUACUUUUAACUGAUCUGUAUCAUAAAGUCAUAACUCCUUUAUAAAUCCAAAUCUUAAACUGCGUAGAUUUUGCAUUUUAACUACCCCAGAUUGACAGGACACGGUUAGUUUGGUCCUAAUUAAUGAUAGACAGAUUAAUCGGGCAUUUUGAGAUAAAAUAUUACAUUAUAGAGAUAUCUGAGAUACCUGCACUCACGAGGCUAAUAAACAAAUAAUGUCUACGGGCACAUCUGCAGGCAGCCUUGUCAGUGUGGUUGCUGUGGACUCCCCCUUGUGAGUUUUGGGAAGGUGGCGAAAAAGUUGGUUUCAAGCCCUAAAUUUCCUCAGUCAUCGUCUUUUCUAAAUAUUAACACAUUUCUCCUAAAUGAGUGCAAAUGUAUUCUAAACCCAUUACUGGCUAGGGUUAAAUAUAAAUUGUUAUACUGUAGAGAAUAAUGCAGUUGAAUGACUUCACUUCUCACAAACUGUACCCCACUCUUCCUUAAACAUCUGUCAUGUUCUGAAAUCUGCCGCAUAACCCAAUGUAUUUUUCUCUGUCAUUACCUAAUAAAAGUUCCAUCUAAAACAA